AUGAGUGUGUCUCGGGCAGGCCGAGCCGCCUUGAAGAAGGCUAGGGCUCCUGUGCCGAGUCCAAAGGCUCCCAGCAGAGUACCGAAUGUGGAUAGAUCAAGCAAAUCCCCCACAGCCCCCGUGCUGCCAAAACGGGCCAACCCCCAUCUGCUGAAUCUCAAGCCGGAGUCCGAGACACCUCGGAUGUCCCCACGAGCCAUGACCUUCCUAGGCGUCACAGCUCUUACGAUCAGCACGUACUGCGGCUAUCUCUACGCGUCGUACCGCCGCGAAGUGACGCAGGCGCAGUCCCUCGACGUCCCCACCGACGUCUCAGACCGGUACAACCGCACUGCGCCCACCUUCGACGCCGAGGUGGAGCUGUCCGAGAAGACGAUGCGCAUGGGCAAGAAGCGGCAGGAGCUCGUGCGGCGUGCGCGCGGGGACGUCCUGGAGGUGAGCUGCGGCACGGGGCGGAAUCUCGAGUACUACGAUCUCGGGGAACGACGGGGCGUGGACGCGAACGGGCGCGCGGCGGUGCAGGGCUGUCGCUCCGUCACGCUCGUCGAUCUCAGCCCGCAGAUGGUUGAGAUCGCGCGCAACAAGUUCGAGAAGUUGCAUCCGGGCUUCAAGAACGUGGUCUUUCGCGCUGAGGACGCAAAGGAUGUUCAACGCGACGCGGUGGGCGGGAAGCCUGCGUACUACGAUACCAUCAUACAGACUAUGGGGCUCUGCUCGAUGCCGGACCCCGUGGGUGCCCUCCGCCAUCUGGGAUCGAUUACGGAACCCGAGAAGGGCCAGAUCUUGCUGCUGGAGCAUGGUCGGUCGCAUUACAACUGGCUGAAUAAUAUCCUAGAUAACCUGGCUCCUGCGCACGCGGACCGGCAUGGGUGCUGGUGGAAUCGCGAUAUUGGCGAGAUCGUGCGGCAGAGUGGGUUGGAGAUCGUGGAAGAGAAACGGUGGCAUUUUGGGACGACCUGGAAAUACGUGCUGAGACCGGCACGUUCACAGUCGAAAACCGAGUCAUGA